AUGGAUAGCGAAGCACUUAAAUUGCAAGGAAACGAAAAGUUUAAUGAAGGCAAGUAUCAGUCAGCAUAUGACCUAUAUACACAAGCAAUAGAACUAAAUCCAGGAAAUCAUCUUCUAUAUUCAAAUAGAGGUGCAGCUUUAAUCAAAAUACAAAGAUUUCAUGAAGCAGUAGAGGAUUUAGAAAAAUGUAUACAAAUUAACCCUUACUUCAGAAAGGCUCAUGUUAGAUUAUUAUUCUGUUUAUUACAUACUACUAGUGAUAAAGAGGUAAUCAAAGCUGCAAACAUAAGAGCAUCAUCUUUAAUGCCAGGAUUUGAUCCACUAAAGGAAGCAAUUAAUCAAGGCCAAGAUAUUGAAAAAGAUAUAACCAAAAAAUUUGUUGAUUAUCUUGGUCAAGGAAAUAAUUUUGAACAACUUAAAGAAAUAUGCAAUCGUUUAAGUCAGAAAUACAACGGAGAUUGGAAUUUAAUAGGGCAGGAUCCGGAGCUUCAACAUUUUGGUGCUCAGCUUGAACGACACGCUUAUGAAAAUAGACCAAAGUAUGAAUAA